AAUACAUGAUUAAGAUCUAGCAGAUGAGGGAGAUUUUGUCCCAUGGAUCUGAAAAGCAGGCUCAUCUACUUCUAGUGUGACUUAAUCUAGGGACCAGUAGAACAUUUCCAUCAGAAUAUCACAUUCUUAAACUGAGAGUAUUUUUCAUUUUUGUGAUACAACUAGACACUGAUUUGGUCUUGUGUGAAGUGUGAUUUGCUUAAUGUGACCUUUUCUUCUGAAUUUGUUUACAGAAGAUCGGAAACGUCACGAGAAGGAACAGAAACAGAGAGACAGCAAAAAUAAAGUUCUUACGAGUCAAGUGGCCCACUACCCGGGCUGCAGGCUGAAGAUGAAAAAAAACGACAAAGAUGAGGAUGAAGAUGUUCAUGUUGUGGAGGCUGAGAAAAUAGAGGAAUCAUAUGCCCCCAGGGAGGUGCAGAAGAUUGAAGUCAAGAAAGUCCCUGAGGACUCACUGGAGAAAUGUGUAAUCACUCGUUCAAAUAGCUAUGGCCCUACUGACUCCAGCCAGCCUCACAGAGACACCAAUGAAAUCACAUUUGGGGAAGAGAAUGUCGACUCUGCGCUGGUUGUAGAGAGUGAAUCAUCUCAUGAUGUGGUGGAGGAUGCUCUAACCAUUCUUUCAGGUGACCUCUACAUUCCUUGUUUUUGGUAUCUCUGUCUAGACUGAGGAAGAUCAACUCUGAAGACAGGCUCUAUACACACAAAUCGGUUUGAAUAAAAACCUAUCAUGGGAUACUAAACACAGAUACCAG